CCGGGCUACUAAUCGUGGACAAACCAGGGGAGGUGGCGGAGGAAGGAAACGAACAAGGAAAACCCCGUCAUGUGUGUAGAAUAGCUAGGAUUCACACCAUACUGAAGCCCAACAGUAGCAAUUGCACAGUAGGUCGGUUAACCGAGGUGAGACGAAACGGCUGAACUUGAUCUCCUCCUGCCCCGAGACGGGAGCGGAUGUAGCCAUGUAACUCCCCAGCGUCAUUCGUUGACCUGGGCAAGAGUUGCCAGGGUUGCUGUUGCUUUCCACAGCCUCUUCAUCAAUCCUGGGCAAGCCUCUAACCCAAGACAAGAAAGCAACAGGCAUCUGCGUCUACAGCUAAAGUCACAUCCGCUGUCGCACAACUGAGGCGGUAAGUGGACUGCCUGUCCUCACCGUCGGCGCCACCUAGUACAGAGCUACAAGCCGACACUGGGUGGAUCUCGCCGGAGCGAUCAAACUCGGCCAGCAGAGCCUGUGAAUCUGCCCGUAAGUCGACUUGAAUAGAAGGGCUGCUACCCCCAGUUCCCCCUUCUGCACUCAUUUUGUCUUGAACCGGCAGCACGCAGAGAAAUCAAUGGUGUAUGCCAAGUGACAUUUGUACCCACAGCAGACGACUGCCUCAGCCCCCUAUCCAUGGUACAAUUCACGGUUCAUGCGCGUUAAUUGACCUGAGGGGCUCUGUUAAACAGAAAGACAAGAGACCGAGGUGACCAGCCGUCUGUUUAUGUGUCGUCGAAUUCUACUCAGUUCCAGCUGUUUCACCAGGUCAGGCAGAACCAACAACAGAAAAGGCCAGCAUUGUCGAAAGUGUCUUCCUGUAACUCAUCAUGCGGGUCAAACGAAAACGAAUGUCCACGUCACAGUACACUCAUAAUGUCGCGGAUCGUGUGGCAGCGUACAUCCUUUUCAUAUUAUGUUCGGUCGCGCAUGAGUAUAAUUGAUGCAGUGCUGCCACAUCAACUAGAGACACAAUUUUCCUCUUGUGGCUUAACAGGUCAUCUGCGUAUGCUGUCCAUGUGUCGCCUUCAGGGUAGCCAAGAAAGGUCCAUUUUAUGUUUGCCUCGUUGUUGUCUUGCCCUUGAAGUAUUUGUGUCUAGUGAAAGCAUAGCUUCGUUAAAAGUCAUGCUCUACACGCGUUCGGGUAUCCUUGCUUUUAUGUUCUCCUACACCCCGGUGACCUCAUGUCUUAGACCAUCCUCACUGUCUCGCACCUCCUUUACGUACGGCUUAAUUGGGAAACGUCAAGUUCGGCUGCAUCGAAUCCGGCUGACAUGCCGCCUCACUGAACACUCGUUGCUUCAGAGGUGUGUUGAAUACGAACAAGUAUUUUUGUGCUCGCGCGAACUGCCAGUCACGCUUACAACAGGGAUUCCCCCUCAACGCGCCAUAAUAAUUUGCGCACGGUUUGUAUAACACAGAGCUGGCUGGUAUUUGUUUCCUCUGAACAACCGAAAAACGAUCUCAACAUUUGGAUGCA